GAAGAGGCGGGGCAGCACCGAGAGGUGGGAGGGAGCUGGUAUAAAACCCCCUCGCGCCGGCUCCGAACCUCCUUUUCCGUUUCCGGCCGUCGUCGCGAGAAGAGGGAUUCUGCACGAUGUCUGCCCAUCUGCAAUGGAUGAUAGUGCGCAACUGCUCGAGUUUCCUUAUCAAAAGGAACAAGCAAAUAUAUAGCACGGAACCAAACAACCUCAAAGCCCGCAACUCUUUCCGCUACAAUGGACUGAUUCAUCGCAAGACUGUUGGGGUGGAACCUGCAGCUGAUGGGAAGGGCAUUGUUGUGGUCCUCAAGAAGCGUGCAGGCCAGCGGAAGCCAGCCACCUCUUACGAGAAGAUCACCAUCAACAAAAAUGCCCGUGCCACUCUUAGCAGCCUCCGCCACAUCAUCCGCAAGAACAACUACCGCAAAGACCUGCGCAUGGCUGCUCUGCGUCGUGCCAGUGCAAUUCUACGCAGCCAGAAGCCGGUGGUGGUGAAGAAGAAGCGAACUCGGGCUACAAAGGCUACAUAAAACAGUUGUCAGAUUAUCCAAUAAAGGAUUAGAACCAGAA